AUGAAUGACACGGAGAAGUUUGAGGACGAAUUCGACAUUGAGCUGAUGGAGGAGAUAGGAAAACAGACCAUUUCGCAAUUUCUGGAAAAAAUGCACUACAAUGAGGAGAAAACGAAUUUCUGGGUAUCUCAGAUUCUGGACACAACACUGAAGGAGUUAUCCAAACUGAACAAGCCGUUUAAAUACGUUGGUACGUUUGGCACCUGCCCUGAGAGCACGCAGUAG